UGCUAAUGCUCUUCAGUCACCGGUGGAUUUAAUUUGGAAGCUAUUAAUCCAGCCACCUUGUGUCAGAAUUUCUGCUAUCCAUUCACCUGCUACGGAAUAAUCUCCGCGUCGCUCAUCUCCCGCUAACUGCGAUUUACUUUCCCUCCGCGUCGCUCGCAAGAACACCACAACUACCGAUUCUCCCUACAUAUUGAACAUUUCCUCUUAUAUCCAUGGUUUUCCCAUCAAAUACCUAAUUCAUCCAUCCUAAACCGAGGAAACGAGCAUGCGUCUCCAUCUCGUCAUCCAGCGCCACGGCCUCCCCGUGACGCGCAUUCUCUGGUCAACAUCCUCCUCGUCCCUCGAAGGAAACGCCUCCUACAAACCCUCCGCGAACUCGUCCUCGAUCGCAUCAACCCGCGCCCCCAAUGCCUUGUUCGCGAACAGCGGAUACACAAUUGCGCAGCUACUGGAGGAUGUGAACGAGGUUGUCCCGCUUGAGACGGAGCCGAGAUUAUUCGAGGAUAGGUCUACAGGGCAGUGGGGGUUGGAGGAUUAUGUGGUUGAGGUUGCGGGAUCUGAGUGUUUGCAUUUUAUGGAUUUAGGGGGGUUGUUGAGGGAUGGGGAUGAGGUUGUGAUCCGGUCACUUCAGAUUUCCGAUUUACGAGCGAGGCGGCUUUCAGGUCGUCAUCAGAUUUCGGUGGACGGGAAGCAUCUUAUCGACGGGGUGCCGUUUGGAAGACCAUAUUUGAAACGAUCGACGUCGUCGAGACCUGCGAUUGAUAUCCCUCCGAGAAAGAAGCGGCGCACUGUUUAUGGUAUUGGUGGAGGGUAUGAGGAAGAGGAUACCGAGUGGGCUCCGGUGGAUCAUGGGGUUACUAGAAAAGCACUCUCACAACUGCCGGAUCAGCAUGGCGAUUACAAUGAAGCGGACGAUGAGGAUUUCUACGAGGAUUAUCAUGAGGUUGAAGAUAGUGAAGAUGAUAAUGAAGAUGACGAGGCCGGUUAUGGUGAUGAUGAAACGGUCAUUCGACACCCCAUUGCAGAAAGAAUCGAGGAAAGGCCCGAGGGUGCCCGCACCCUUGAGAGUGAUGCAUCUGAUGUUGAGCCCGAGGCUGAAGCUGAGGAUCUAACCCAGGAGCUACAAGAACUGAAAGAGGAUAUGCAUAUGUCCGGUCUUGAUCUGCUGGGUGUCUAUGAAGAACAGCCCUCGCGAUUGCGAUCAACAAAGAGUCCUACGGUGCAAGGCAGUGUUGUGCUCGGGCAAUCUCCAUCUCUCAAAUCUCCAAUCCUACGAUCCCCCGGAGGGCGUCAAGUUUCGAAAUCUGUCAGGUUCGAGAGCGGAAGACAACCGCAACAGCAGGAGUCACCGGCAUCUCACAAGGUGAAGUCUCCCGUGAGUGCGAAGCAGCAAUCGCCCGCAAGGUCGAUCUUGAGCAAGGAAAGCACGAGUAGCGAUUCCGACAGUGACAGCAGCAUUUCGAGCGACUCAUCAUCAUCAUCAUCAUCAUCAUCAUCGUCGUCGUCGUCCUCAGACGAAGACGAAGACGAAGACGAAGACAUCUCAAGUAUCUCGUCGAGUGACUCCUCACCAGAAUCCUCUGAUUCCUCCUCCGAAUCCUCGGACUCGGAGGACGAGGAUGAAGAACGCAAGCGCGCUAUCCACGACCUCAAAGUCAACCCACCUGGUCUGGGCUCUCUGCGUACCAAGAAAAGCAACCAGCGCAACAAGUUACGACGACGGCUAUCAAAGCUGAAAGAGUUCGGCGUCUUACCUGAGCAGGCGGACUUUACUGCAUUGCGAGAAUGGGAGGAGAAAAACGGAGACUGGAACUUCGAUGCCAGCGUUCUGGCCAAGCCUGCGGCGGACGAAAAGCGGGAUGCUAAGGAGCAGGAGCAGGCUGAGUUUGAAGCUAAACGACGAAAACUGCUACGCGAUCUUGCAGCUGGCGGUGUUGAUGUUGAUGCGUUUACUGAGGAAAAGGCACCAUCCGCCCAGGCUGUGGAACAGAAACAAACCCAAGAUGAAAAAGAUCGGGAACAGGUCGAGUUUAAUGCCAAACGACAAAAAUUGCUGCGCGAUCUUGAAGCUGGCGAUGUCAAUGUUGAUGCGGAGGAGCAAGAGCAGGAACAACCUAAAGAUGAUACUGCUAUGGAAGACAUCCAAGCCGAACCUGCGAAAAGGCGCUCACUGGACGUCGCAGGCAGCCGACGCCUCCUCUUCGGAUCCCUAGGCGUCAGAACUCCCAAAUCCAAGGAAGAGGAAGAAGCCACUCGCAAAAAGCUAGCCGGAAAGGCCAACAACUUCCAAUCCCAGCGGCCUGUCGAGGCAGAACAGCCUGAAGAGUCGGAAGAUGACAAGGACGAGAACUGGGAAGGCAAGCUCGACAUCCGCGCUACGGAAUGUAUCUUUGAUGACAUUGGGCUGACUGCGCCGCCUUUCCCAUUCGAGCAGCGUUGGGAUGAGAAAGCACAUGAGAUUAUCAGACAGCGUAAGGGGUGGGGGAAGAAGAGGAAGAGAAAGGAGAGGAUUCAGGUAUAUAAUGGGGGUGACGAGGAGUAUGGGUAUGGGGAAGGCUACGAGGGCUACGAGGGCUACGAUGGCUACGAUGGCUACGAUGGCUAUGAGGACGGUUACGAUGAUAAUUGGGAAUAUGAGAACGGGGAGAUGCAGCUUGAGUACGAUGAUGCCGAGCAGGAGCAGGAGCAGCCGAAUGGAACAGAGGCGGAUGAAGUUGAGCAUGAGCAGGCCGCACCUAAGACAUCCGAUGAUGGGGAGGGCGACCUUCCUGAAAUGCCAAAGGAUAUCAGUACAAUCCCCGACCUGACCGAAGACGACCUCAAGAAAUCCUCGAUCAUCGCAUAUAAACAACUCGACAUGUCCAAAGAUACCAACUGGCAACCCAGAGUAUCCGACUACCGCGUCGCCGAGAUCCACGAAAUCUUCGAAGAAGACAACGUUCUCAAACUCCGCCUCGCAAAGCGCCAUCGCCGACAGCCAAAACCCGACGACGAAGAAGACGACGAAGACGAGGGCCCUCGCAUGUACAGUGGAUUCGAGAUGCCGGGGUUCGAGGACGAUGAAGACGAUGAUGGGUUCCGGGAGAUGUCGUUUGCGGAUUUUAUUGAACCGAAGCUUCUUCGUGCCGGUGGGGGCGUUGGACAGGGCGAUGGAGAUAGAGAUAACGACAUCUCUUCAGUUGUAGAAGAAUCUAUUGAGAAUCGCCCGGAUCCUGAACCACCUGUCCCGAAUGAAUCAAUCGAAGAAGAGCGUCCUCCUGUGAACAAUGAUCAGAAUAUCGAUUCGCAGGUCGAUGGUGUCGAUGGUGUCGAUAAUUCCGCGAAUGAAGCUGCUGGGGCCGGCUCUACUAAAGAGGAGAAAAAUGACAAUAAUGCUCGCGAACGCAGCGAGAGCCCUACCGUGAAGUCCCCCAAGUUUGAAGGUUUCCGGUCUCCUCGAGUAGAAGGCCAGUCACCCCCCGAGUCCGCCCAGCGUGAACAACCCGGAUCGACGGGUGAUACCGCUGUAAAUCCAGAUAACAGCAACGGUCAACAAUCGACGCAAGACCCCAAACAAAGCAGUAACAAGCAAUCAGCCGGAAACCGACCAAUACAUCUAGACAACGGACCUGGAAUCAGCGAGAAUGACCUGCAAUCGAUAAGCAGUCCUGCUAGCCUGAUGUCCUUUAAUGGGCUUUUGACCCAAACCUUUCCGGACGAGGAGUCUGUGAUGCAGGAUUCUUCACCAGUUGCACAGAGAAAGGAUGCUAAACAUGAAGAUAAGGAUAAUGAAGACAAGGACAAGAAAGAAGGUAGUCCCGAGCGCGAGCCACACUCCUCGGACGACGAUUUCGUCCCAAAUCCAUUCUACGAAAUUGACAAAGCUCAUGAAGAGCGUCAACGCCGGGAAUCCGAAAUAGCAGAAGACCGAAACUCCCCCUACAACGACGACGAUGACCCUACGUUCAUGGGCUUCUCACCCUCUCCGCCUCUACACAAAACAAAGCGCGAAUCCGAGCCCAACAACCCUAAAUCUAUGACCAACCAAGAAGAAUCCCAAAUAAGCUCCGUCCCCGAAUCCCAAUGGCAAAGCGCCAGUGAAAACAAAGAAAACAAAACAGAAACGGAAACAGACACUCCUACAAAGGACCACGAACCACCACCCGCAUCCCAGUUCUCCGACAUCAACUUCGUGGACCUGACGCAGUCCAGUCCACCCGCGUCCCCCGGAGGCAGUGAUGAGGAUUUCGCAAAGUCGCAACGACUACCGAAGGGUCCGGGCUGGGUGCAGAAGAAUAUCCCGUCUACGCAACGACGGACGAGGAAGUCGAAGGAUAAUAGUGUUAAUCCGCCGAGUUUGAAGGGGAGGCGGAGGAGGACUUAAUUCCGCCUGUGGAUUUGAUUGCUGUACAUAGUUCUAUGAUACUGUCUAUAUGUUAUGUUCUCACGAUGACUACUCUGCACGUUUGUAUACCUUAACCGGUUCUGAACAUUAAUACACCC